CUUUCUAGCUUGUUGAUUAGAAUGGCCGAAAAAGAACUUCAGUGUUACAACAAAGGUUGUGGGAAAAAAUUCAAUCCCGAUGAAAAUCAUCCUGAAGCUUGUUUAUACCACCCAGGCCCUCCGUAUUUUCACGACGCGUAUAAAAUUUGGAAUUGUUGCAAUAAGAAGAGUACUGAUUUUACAACGUGGUUAAGCAUUCAAGGAUGUACGCGAGGAAAACACAACCCAGUAAAACCAGUUGAGGAGCCUCCUAAACGUGAAAAUAAAGAACAGGAAUCACGCCCUAAGUCUCCGGAAAGGGUCAUUGUGUGGAAUGGUUUGAACAAACCUGCUCCACGAAAUGAGGCCCCUAGAUCAAUGUCUAAGUUGCGACUUGAAUCUACCGAGGCGCUUUUGAAAGCUAUAGAAGCACAUAAACAGCAAGUGACUGAGGAGAGCAAUGAAGUUCACGUCGGUGUCUCAUGCAAAAAUAGUGGGUGCGAUAAGAAAUAUGAAGGGAAACAGAGCGAUGAAGAGGAAUGUUUAUACCACAGUGGUGUUCCUGUUUUCCACGAAGGAAUGAAGUACUGGUCAUGUUGUAAAAAAAAAACCACAAACUUCAGCUCCUUUUUAGAACAGAAAGGCUGCUCUGUUGGCAAACACUGUUGGUCUAAAAGUGAACGCGUGGAUAAAAUCAGGGAAGAUUGGUUCUGCAGAAGCGGUUUCAUUCAUUUGAAUGUGUAUUGUAAAGGGGCGUUAGUUAACGAGUGCUUGGUGGAAAGUGAUGGUUUCAUUCUUCAUGCUAAAAUCGUUCACGGUUUUGGUACUAAAGAAACUGAUUUGAAUUAUGAGCUUUUUGGACAAAUCGACGUGGCAGAAUCAAAAGUAUGA